GUGCCUGUGUGGUCACAGGUUCAAAAUCAACGAGUAUCAGAGGGAGUGCCGAGGCGAGCGGUCGUGCUGCGGCGAGCGCUCGAGUCUACCGUGUAAAUAAAACACGCCAUCCACAGGAUAGUCAUGAUGGGACGAGCCUUAUUGAUAGCAACAUCACUAUGCGUCAUUGUGAGCAGCUAUUUAAGCGCAGAAGCCUUCGAUACGUUUGAACCAAGUGUCAUUCAGAUAGGACCUGAACCAGGGUCUGGCUCAAAGGUAGCGCGGCGCAGUAUUGCUAUAAUUAAUAACGACUUCGUGCUGGACGGGAAGCCGAUCCGAAUAAUAUCAGGAUCACUCCACUACUUCAGGUUGCCUGCAGAGUACUGGCGGGACCGUCUGCGGAAACUGAAGGCUGCUGGACUCAACUCCGUAACAACAUACGUGGAGUGGAGUUACCAUGAACCCGAAGAAGGGCAGUAUUUAUUCGAAGGUGACAGAGAUGUCGCCAAAUUCAUUCGUAUGGCUGCCGAAGAAGGCCUAUAUGUUCUUCUACGAGUUGGUCCAUACAUUUGUGCUGAACGAGACCUCGGUGGUUUUCCAUAUUGGUUGCUCGGCAAAUACCCAAACAUCAGCCUAAGAUCCACGGAUAAAGAUUACAUAGCAGAAUCCGGUAAAUGGUUGGACAAAUUCUUCGAACAAACGUCUUCCUUACUGUAUGGGAACGGGGGACCAAUAAUCUUAGUCCAGGUAGAAAAUGAGUACGGUAGCUAUGGCAACAACAUGAACUAUCGAGUCCAAGUCCGCAACAUGCUGCAAAACCACGUCGGUACCAACGCUCUCCUCUACACUACUGACGGGAAUUCAAUUUCUUUCUUCAGAAAUGGUGCCGUUCCUAACACUCUCACCACCAUCGAUUUUGGUCCCCACUCAAAUGUACAACAAUCAUUCGAGGAAUUGCGAAAGUUUAUGCCUUCUGGACCUUUGAUGAACUCUGAGUACUACACGGGUUGGCUAACUCAUUGGGGCGAGCGUCUCGCCGUCGUCAAACCCGAGGACGUGGCUAAAACGCUCGGCGACAUCAUCAGUUACGGCGCAAACGUCAACUUUUACAUGUUCUUCGGAGGCACCAACUUCGAAUACACAGCUGGGGCCAACUACUUCGGUACUUUUCAACCAGACAUCACAUCGUAUGACUAUGAUGCACCGAUAUCAGAGGCGGGAGAUCUCACUCCUAAAUACCAUCUUAUUAGACAGAAAUUAAAGGAGAACAACUUUGUUAAUGAAAGCAUUGAAGUACCACAAAAUAGUCCUAAAGGUGAUUACGGGCCCGUAAACUUAACUGCAACGGUGAAUUUACUAAGUCCCGAAGGUCGAUCUCAACUAGGCAAAAAGUACCCCGAUGUAACGGGCCCAAAUCUGCCAACCUUCGAGCAUCUUCGUCAACGAGCAGGACUUAUGCUAUAUGAAACCACAUUAACCGAAGCUGAUGACUUGUUACACAUAAAGACACCUAGAGAUAUGAUUUUCGUGUUUGUUGAUGGCGAAUUCAGAGGUCGCAUCAGCAGGAUUCACAAGAUCUACAGCAUUCCGUUGUCAGCAAAGAAUGGUUCAGUGUUGUCGUUAUUAGUAGAACCCCUGGGACGAAUAAACUUUGGCAGAUUUAUACACGAUUUUAAGGGUAUAUUAAGCCAAGUGGAGUUCAAAAGCAAGGCUUUAGAUGGAAAAUGGACAGUGACAGGAUUUCCUUUGGAGACAUUCGAUACGUCACCGGUUAACAAUCCUAAUUUGAAAACCCCUGCGUUUUAUGAAGGCUACUUCACGUUGCCAGAAGGCAAGGAACCACUGGACACUUUUGUCGAUACUACUGGAUGGGGCAAGGGCUACAUCUGGGUGAACGGUCACAACCUCGGCAGGUACUGGCCAACAGCAGGACCACAGAUCACGCUGUACCUGCCAGGAGUUUGGCUCAAACCAGCACCAGAAAGGAACCACAUUCGAAUCUUGGUGGUGUCUGGUGAUUUAACUUGUGAGGUAGGCCCGCCAUGCAGCCUUGUGUUGGCUGAUGGGUCCGUCUUCCAAGGACGAAGCUUUGGAGCACAGGUGCCAGUAGAUGGCGAAGUUGUGUUUCAGACGGGUAUGGUCGGAUACCCAGAGUCGCUGACUGACCCAUCUUAUCACGCACAACUGUUGGUACUCACGUACCCAUUGGUUGGCAACUAUGGCGUUCCUGACGAAGAUGAACAAGACGAACAUGGGAUACCUAAGUGGUUUGAAUCCAACCGUAUUUGGGCAGCUGGGUUGAUUGUCGGUGAAGUAAGCACAAAUGCGUGCCACUGGCGUGCUAAACGUUCCUUGGGCGCCUGGUUGGCGGCGCGAGGAAUCCCAGGCGUCUGCGACGUAGACACCAGAGCGCUAACAUUCCGACUCAGAGCUGGCGUUACUUUAGGGCGUAUCAUUCAAGGUGUUCCACCGUUUGGCCCAUUACCAGCUUUAUCAGAUCCAAAUAACAGAAAUUUGGUUGCCGAAGUUUCUGUAAAGGAACCAAAAAUAUAUAAUCCGAAUGGACAAGUAACAAUAAUGGCGGUUGACUGUGGGUUAAAAUACAAUCAAAUUAGAUGUUUGAUCAAAAGAAACGCAAAGGUCGUACUGGUACCUUGGGACCACAAGCUGGACAGUAGCCAGUACGAUGGUUUGUUCAUCAGCAAUGGUCCAGGCGAUCCUGUCAAAUGUAAGAAGUUGGUGGACAAUAUGCGAACUAUAAUUGAAGAUAAAAACAGUGUUAAGCCAUUGUUUGGUAUCUGUCUCGGACACCAGUUACUGUCCACUGCAGCAGGCUGCAAGACUUAUAAAACCAGUUAUGGUAAUCGAGGACACAAUUUGCCCUGCACUCAUAAUGGUACCGGUCGAUGUUUCAUGACAUCACAGAAUCAUGGAUUCGCCGUCGAUGCAGAUUCUCUACCUGAAGGUUGGAAAAUAUUAUUCACAAACGAAAAUGACAAAACCAAUGAAGGCGUUAUUCAUGAAACUUUGCCCUACUUCAGCGUACAAUUCCAUCCAGAACACACAGCUGGACCCACCGACUUAGAGUGUCUUUUUGAUGUAUUUAUUGAUGCAGUAAAAUGUUACAAAAAUAAGCAGACCUAUAGCGUAGAUAAUGCUAUUACAGAAAAAAUAAAAUUUGUGCCGACUAUUCACGAAAGGCCGAAAAAAGUGCUUAUCCUUGGGUCCGGUGGAUUAUCGAUCGGUCAAGCAGGAGAAUUUGACUAUUCAGGAUCGCAGGCAGUUAAAGCCUUACAAGAAGAAAAGAUACAAACGGUAUUGAUUAAUCCUAACAUUGCCACUGUGCAAACAUCGAAGGGAUUAGCCGACAAGGUAUAUUUCCUCCCCAUUACACCGGAAUACGUCGAACAAGUUAUCAAAGCUGAACGACCUACAGGCGUACUCCUCACGUUUGGCGGUCAGACGGCUUUAAACUGUGGUGUAGAAUUAGAGAAAUCAAAAAUUCUAGAAAAAUACAAUGUUAGCGUCCUCGGAACUCCCAUCCAAUCAAUAGUAGACACAGAAGAUCGUAAGAUAUUUGCUGAAAAAAUCCAUGCUAUUGGAGAAAAAGUUGCACCAAGUGCAGCUGUAACAACAAUCGAAGAAGCCCUAAUAGCUGCUAAACAAAUUGGUUAUCCAGUCAUGGCUCGAUCUGCAUUCUCAUUGGGUGGUUUAGGAUCUGGCUUUGCUAACAAUGAAGAUGAACUCCGCACACUUGCACAUCACGGUCUGUCCCAUUCUGAUCAACUCAUAAUUGACAAGUCGCUUAAAGGCUGGAAAGAAGUGGAAUAUGAAGUGGUUAGAGAUGCAUUCAAUAAUUGUAUCACAGUGUGCAAUAUGGAAAAUGUUGAUCCUUUGGGUAUACACACAGGAGAGUCAAUAGUAGUUGCACCCAGUCAAACCUUAUCUAACAAAGAGUAUUACAUGUUGAGAAACACUGCUAUCAAAGUUAUUCAGCACUUUGGAAUAGUAGGAGAAUGUAACAUUCAGUAUGCAUUAAACCCGAAUUCAGAAGAAUUCUAUAUUAUUGAAGUAAAUGCACGAUUAUCUCGAAGUUCAGCGCUAGCGAGUAAAGCAACUGGUUACCCAUUAGCUUACGUAGCUGCAAAAUUGGCUUUAGGUAUCCCAUUACCUGUUAUUAAAAAUUCCGUGACCGGAGUCACUACUGCUUGCUUCGAACCAAGUCUCGAUUAUUGUGUUGUUAAAAUUCCUAGAUGGGAUUUGGCUAAAUUUAAUAGAGUAAGCACAAAAAUAGGAAGUUCUAUGAAAAGUGUUGGAGAAGUAAUGUCAAUAGGAAGGAGUUUUGAAGAAGCUUUUCAAAAAGCAUUGAGAAUGGUGGAUGAGAAUGUCAAUGGCUUUGAUCCAAAUAUUAAAAGAGUAAAUGAAGACGAAUUGCGAGAACCAACGGAUAAAAGAAUGUUUGUGCUUGCCGCUGCUUUGAGAAAUGGUUAUACGGUGGAUAAAUUAUACGAAUUAACAAAAAUUGAUCCUUGGUUUCUUCACAAGUUUAAAAAUAUAAUAGAUUAUUAUAAAAUAUUGGAGGCCGAUCAUCAUGGUUCAAUUCCUUUUGACGUCUUAAAAAAAGCAAAGAAAAUCGGAUUUUCCGAUAAACAAAUCGCUGCAGCAAUAAAAAGCACUGAGGUCGCGGUUAGAAAGUUAAGAGAAGAAUAUAAAAUCACACCAUUUGUGAAACAAAUCGAUACAGUUGCAGCCGAGUGGCCAGCUUCAACAAAUUAUUUAUAUUUAACUUAUAACGGCAAUACUCACGACCUAGAUUUUCCCGGUGGAUUUACUAUGGUGCUGGGAUCAGGUGUAUAUCGUAUAGGAAGUUCUGUUGAAUUCGAUUGGUGUGCUGUCGGCUGUCUUAGAGAACUUAGAAAUCAAGGUAAAAAGACAAUCAUGAUAAAUUAUAAUCCCGAAACUGUAAGUACCGAUUACGAUAUGAGUGAUAGGUUGUAUUUUGAAGAAAUAUCUUUUGAAGUUGUUAUGGAUAUCUAUAAUAUUGAACAUCCAAACGGAGUCAUAUUAUCAAUGGGAGGACAGUUACCAAAUAACAUUGCAAUGGAUUUACACAGACAGCAAGCAAUUAUUCUUGGCACUUCGCCUGAUAUGAUUGACAAUGCCGAGAACAGAUUUAAGUUUUCAAGAAUGUUAGACCGUAAAGGUAUAAUGCAACCGAGGUGGAAGGAACUUACAGAUUUAGAAUCAGCGACAAGCUUUUGUGAAGAAGUUGGAUACCCUUGUCUGGUACGCCCAUCGUAUGUUUUAAGUGGUGCAGCUAUGAAUGUUGCAAAUUCAAAUCAAGAGUUGGAAACUUACUUAAAAUCGGCAAGUUUAGUUAGUAAAGAUCAUCCAGUGGUCAUAUCUAAAUUCAUUAUGGAUGCUAAAGAAAUUGAUGUCGAUGUAGUCGCUGCAGAUGGUGUUAUUUUUUGUAUGGCGGUCUCUGAACAUGUUGAAAAUGCCGGCGUUCACUCGGGAGAUGCUACAUUGGUUACCCCACCGCAAGAUAUCAAUAACGAAACUUUAGAUAAGAUUAAAGAAAUCGCCAGUAUCAUAGCUGAAACUUUGGAUGUCAACGGGCCUUUCAACAUGCAGUUAAUUGCAAAAGAUAAUGAACUUAAAGUCAUUGAAUGCAAUGUAAGAGUUUCGAGAUCGUUUCCUUUUGUUUCUAAAACACUUGAUCACGAUUUUGUUGCAAUGGCUACUAAGAUUAUCUUGGGUCUACCGGUGGAACCAGUUAAUGUAAUGGCUGGCUGUGGAAAAGUGGGGGUCAAAGUACCACAAUUUUCGUUCUCUAGAUUAGCGGGAGCAGACGUAACUUUGGGCGUGGAAAUGGCAUCUACGGGUGAAGUAGCAUGUUUUGGAGAAAAUCGUUACGAAGCUUAUUUGAAGUCGCUAAUGAGCACAGGCUUUAGAAUUCCUAAAAAAGCGAUUUUGCUUUCUGUGGGCACAUUUAAGCACAAAAUGGAGCUACUUCCCAGUGUAAGAAUUUUACACAAAAUGGGAUACAAAUUAUACGCUAGUAUGGGCACAGGAGACUUUUAUACUGAGCACGGAGUCGAUGUUGAAAGCGUUCAAUGGACGUUUGACCACAUAGGUGACCCUGAGGACGUCAGGUCUGACGGAGAACUGAUGCAUUUGGCUGACUUUAUGGCAAGACGAGAAUUGGAUCUAGUAAUCAAUCUACCCAUGCGUGGAGGAUCUCGUCGUGUCUCCUCAUUCUCGACACAUGGUUAUCGUACUCGUCGAUUAGCCGUUGACUACGCGGUACCCUUAGUUACUGAUGUAAAAUGCGCAAAAUUAUUAGUUCAGGCUAUGCAUUUAUGUGGCGGUGUUCCUGUAAUGAAAACUCAUACAGACUGUAUGACAUCACGCAAUAUUAUAAAAUUACCUGGUUUCAUAGAUGUACACGUACAUGUCCGAGAGCCUGGAGCCACGUAUAAAGAAGAUUUUGCCAGUUGCACGGCAGCCGCUCUUGCUGGAGGUAUUACAAUGAUAUGUGCAAUGCCAAACACUAAUCCUCCAGUAAUUGACCGCUCUUCUUACGAAUACGCGUCUGCAUUGGCUCGCGUCAGUGCUCGGUGUGAUUAUGCGCUCUAUAUGGGGGCUUCGUCUACUAACUGUGAAACGGUUUCUGAAAUGGCUCCUCAAGCGGCUGCUUUAAAAAUGUAUUUGAAUCAAACAUACACAACUCUUACAUUAGAUGAUAUGACCAUUUGGCAAAAACAUCUUCAAAAUUGGCCUAAGAAAAUGCCAGUUUGUUCUCAUGCAGAGAAAGAAAAAACAGGAGCAGUAAUUUUAAUGGCCUCCUUACUUGACAGACCUAUCCAUAUCUGCCACGUAGCAAGAAAAGAAGAAAUUUUAAUUAUUAAAUCUGCAAAGGAAAGGGGUCUGAAAGUAACAUGUGAAGUGUGUCCACAUCAUUUGUUCUUAAGUACAGCAGAUGUUAAUGAUAUCGGUGAAGGCCGGGCUGAAGUGCGGCCAGUGUUAUGCAGUCCGGAAGAUCAAGCGGAACUUUGGAAAAAUAUAGACAUCAUUGACGUCUUUGCUACUGAUCACGCCCCUCAUAGUGUAGAAGAAAAAAAUUCGGCUAAACCACCACCAGGUUUUCCUGGAUUAGAAACAAUUUUACCGCUACUUCUGAAUGCAGUUCAUGAAGGCCGUUUGACUAUGGAGGAUCUAAUCAAUAAAUUCCACCGUAAUCCUCGAAAAAUAUUCAACUUACCUGAACAACCGAAUACUUAUGUCGAAGUGGAUAUGGAUUAUGAAUGGACGAUCCCACAAGCUAUGGAAUUUUCUAAAUCUAAAUGGACACCAUUUGCAGGAUUGCAAGUUUGUGGGGCAGUUCAUCGGGUAACUUUAAGAGGUGAGAUUGCAUACGUUGAGGGACAAGUUUUAGUGCCUCCUGGUUUUGGACAGAAUGUAAGAGACUGGCCUUCACCAAAAAAACAAACUUUAGUUUCAAUUGAAAAACCAGAGAAAGAGUUUAGUCGACCCAAUUCUGCGCUUGAUGUACACAUUUCUGCAGAAUUGAGCAGAGUAAGUGACAUUGAUUUUGAUCAAAUCGACAAUAGACCUGAAGGACAGUCCAAGCCUAACGUCCACUUCAGUGAAAUUGCAGCUGCUCGGUGUUUGUCACCGUUACCUCCACAAUCGACUAGACAAAGAUGCGACAGUACAUCUAACUAUAAUCCCCCUACAACGACGGCGUCUCAGCGACAACGUAGUGACCUUUUCGGCAAAAGCAUACUGACUGUAGACUCUUUCAGUAAAGAAACUCUUAAUGAUGUAUUCAAUCUUGCGCAGUUUAUGAAAACGAGUGUUAACAAAGGCCGUUUUCUAGAUGACAUAUUACGAGGGAAAGUGAUGUCCUCCAUAUUUUAUGAAGUCAGUACACGCACUAGUUGUAGCUUUGCAGCAGCAAUGCAAAGAUUAGGUGGAUCUGUAAUUCACACCGAUGCGACUAGUUCGUCCGCAAAGAAAGGGGAAACAUUAGAAGAUAGUGUUGCAGUAAUGGCUAGUUACUCUGAUGUGGUGGUACUUCGCCAUCCUGAACCCGGCGCAGUUGCGCGUGCUGCCCGUCACUGUCGUAAACCUAUAAUCAAUGCAGGUGAUGGCAUUGGAGAACACCCUACACAGGCUUUGCUUGAUGUAUUUACAAUUCGUGAAGAAAUCGGAACGGUUAACGGAUUAACUAUCACUAUGGUUGGAGAUCUGAAGAAUGGACGUACUGUUCAUUCUCUAGCACGUCUUUUAACUUUGUAUCAAGUGCAACUACAGUAUGUUAGCCCUAAAGGACUAGGUAUGCCAAAACAUAUUACAGAUUAUGUUGCCUCUAAAGGUAUUCCUCAAAGAGUUUACGAAAGGUUAGAAGACGUAUUGGCUGACACUCAUGUUUUGUAUAUGACUCGAAUUCAACGCGAAAGGUUCCAGAGUCAAGAGGAAUAUGAAAAGACGCGCGGGUUGUUGGUGGUAACUCCACAGUUGAUGACUCGUGCUCGAAGGCGCAUGGUAGUAAUGCAUCCACUGCCACGAGUCGACGAGAUCUCGCCAGAAUUCGACUCAGACCCUCGAGCCGCCUACUUCAGGCAAGCUGAGUACGGCAUGUACGUUCGGAUGGCUCUACUGUCCAUGGUCGCCGGGGUCAAUCCUCUAACGUAGUGUAAUGGUGCUACAUAAUAUAACGCAUGACAUCAUAAUUAUAUUGUUUCCUAAUCAGCGGUAAUUAAUCUCUGAGUCAGUCUUAUUUUUUGGAAAAUGGUUUUCCGUUCGAUACGUAAUCAAAAGCUGAAAUUUAUCUUAAAUCAGAAGCUUUAUGUUUACCGACAUUUUAUGUUAAUGAACCGUAUCGGCGAUUACGCUUCUCUAUCUAACUACUUAUUGUUUGUCAUGUGAUACGAAGCGACCAGAUUCAACUUAAUGAUUACAUUUCGCUGAACACAAUUAUAUUGUAACCUACCAAUAUCAAUAUCUGUCGGAUAUAAAUAAAAAUAAAUUUAAGUGAUAAUCAGAUACUUUAUUUUUCUUAUGUAUACAAUACCUUACUUAAGCAAAUUAUAAUACACAUUGAAUAAUAAAAGUAUUCAGUAAAACUGU